AUGGCGACCAACGUUGCGCGCCACAAACUAGCGGUGCAGAAGCAAGCUGCGCCACGCUCGACGUUGGACGCCGAUGACCCGGCCCAGAUCCAGAAGAAUGUCUUCAGCCCGAAGCAGGUAGAGAUCCAGAAGGCUACAGAGUUUGUUUAUAAGUACGGCCCGAAGGUGGCCCUCACGAACCUCCCUGCUCCGUCUCAGCAUACCAUAACUAAGGUGCUCCAGAAGGCCUCCAACAGUGCCCCAGGACGGAACCGCGGCACGAAUAUGGUCGAGCUCGACAUGUACGCGAGAGCGGCUUCGAUGCGCGAGUGCGCCCCGCAUGCCUUGCCUGCCCUCGUCAGUUUCGACUUCGCCCACGGCGGGGGCGCCGAGGACGACGGCCUCCCGGGGGCGCCGCAGUGGCGCAGGCGGCUGAGGCUGCUCGUGACCGACCCCAGCUCUUCGCGCAUGGCCGCGGCGCUUCAGGCGGCCAUCGUGGUGCUCAUCGUUGUGUCUACCGUGGUGGUGAUCGUGGAGACGGUACCGGAUGUCCGGGACAGCCGCGCGGGCCUGUUCGGAGGGCUCGAGAUGAUUGUCACCUUCAUUUUUACCUUGGAGCUUGCCCUGCGCUGGUGUGCGUGCUCAAGUACAGCGGCGUUCGUCACCGAUGUCUUCAACAUAAUCGACAUGUUGGCGAUCCUGCCCGGCUUCCUCGAGAUGACCAGGAGCACGUUCAUGCCCGAGGAGGCUUACAGCUCCGGCGCGGCCGCCACGAUCUCGCUGCGCAUCAUCCGCUUGCUGUGGCUCAUCCGGAUCCUGCGAGUGGCGAAGAUCGCCCGGCACUCGACGCUGCUCUCCAUCUGCAUGGCCGUCCUCGGCAAGGUGUGGCGCUCCAGCAUCAUGGUCAUCCUGGGGGUUAUAUUGUUCCAGAUGCUCUUGUCCGCCAGCCUGUUGUACCUCGUCGAGAACGACCUAUGUGAGGAGCUGGGCAUCAAGUGCGACGGCUUCGACUCCAUUCCUGCAGCGUGCUGGUUUUCGGCAUCGACAAUCACAACAGUAGGGUAUGGCGACGUAAUACCGGUCACACCUGUUGGAAAGUUCAUCGCUGGCUUCUUCUCCAUAUGCGCGGUAGUGACCCUGGCUCUGGCGGGCGCGUUGCUUUCGCACGACUUUGCGGAGCACUUCCGGGAGGAGCGGGGCCGAAAGAGGCUGGAGCUCAUCCGGGCCGCGGGCGCCCCGAGGCGCGGCCAGGACCUCAAGCCGGAGAGGCACUACCAUGAUCAUUUGGAGUUCGUCGAGCUUCAGCCGCUCCUGAGGGACUUCAGGCGCGCCAACGACAGGCUCGUCGCCAGGCUGUCGAUGGCGGCAGCACGGAGGCGGGCGGAGGAUGGUCAAGAGGGGAAGAGCAGCGCUCCGCCCAUCAUGAUGCCCAUGUUGAGCCUCAUCCAGGAGCGCUCGCGGAUCUUGAACACCGAGAUGGAGAACUUCACCUACCAGGAGAUUCUGGGCAUCGAGAGCGACCCCGAGGUGGCAGGAGCACUCCCAGAGUGCAACACCGUGGUCUUCAGAGGCGUGCCUGCAGAGGACCUCACGCUCGAGAUGGACGCGAGCGGGAUGCUGGGCGAGAUGCCCCAGCCCCCGUAUGCAGGCGCCCCGGAGCUGCGCCGCGAGCGGGUCGUCGGGCUCCGUGCAGGCGCUCUGCGCACCAGCGACAACACCCUCGGGGCGAGGGCGAGGCGCGGCGUCAGCAGCCAGGCGCAAGAAGACGCCUGUGACUGCCGCCGCGACCACCUGCACUGUCCUCCGACGGGCGCCUGCUUGGCAAGCGGCGCGAACAGCUGCCACCAAGAGGGCGAGCGGGUCAGCAACGCGUAG